GAUGGCGGCGGCGCUGCUGCGGUGUGCCCUGCUGUGCGCGGCACUGGGCUGCGCGGGCGCGGCGAUGAUCCCGCCUGCCGACGUGAAGGUGGAGGUGCUGCACAAGCCCUUCAUCUGCCACAGGAAGACAAAGUGGGGGGACAUGAUGCUGGUUCAUUACGAGGGCUACCUGGAGAGGGACGGCUCCAUGUUUCACUCCGUGAAAAUUUACUUGAAGAAAGAAUUUGAAAAGCAUGGAGCAGUGGUAAAUGACACCCAGCAUGAUGCUUUGGUUGAAGACAUCUUUGAUAAAGAAGAUGAAGACAGUGAUGGGUUUAUAUCCGCAAGGGAAUUUACAUACAAGCAUGACGAGCUGUAGAAAAGGGUGGCAUAAUUUUUUUGGACACAAAUAGCAGUGACUUAGACUGUCUGGUUCUCCUGUCAUCUUAAUUCUGUGUUUUGGAGUUGAUGAUUGCUGUUGGCAAAGAAACACUUUGUUUAUAUGAAAGAGAAUUUCUGUUCAUUAUGUACAAAUGUUUUAAACUAUUUUAAAGUAUGAAAAUGUACCUCCUUUUAUACAGCAAAGACUUGCACAUCAGUAUUUUUUAAAUUUUGUAUUAACUUAUUUUUCAGAACUGAAACAAACUUUCUAGUUAUCCAUCAUUAUGAAAAUCAAAAUCCAGUUCAAUGACUUUCUGUGAUUUGUUUGUGUGCUAAGAUCACUUUCAGCAACUACUUUAUGUAUAACUUCUAGCCUGUGGCUUAAUUACUUGACUUUCCUUCUUGUGUGUCACUGCUUAAAAAGCAGUGCUGACCUUGGGGGUUUUUCCUGCAGAUUUUAAAAAGAUAUGCUGGAAGGCAUCAGCAUCUCUUUUUAUACAUUCGAGAAAAUGGUACAAAGCUGAGUGAGAAGAAUGAUUAUCCUAUGCUGAUUUUGCCCUUCUGAAGGGAGAGUGUUAUCACCCAUGCCAAUAACUGUCUGCAUUUUUUGUUGAAUUAUGUGAACAAGGCAGGAGUUAAAUGUCAGACUUUUACUUCUACUGCCAACACCAUUCUAGGAAAUGUCUGUAAUUUGAAAAACAGCAAAUUCUGCUUCAGUGCAGAGGUGGUGUCCUUUAAAUGUACACACACAUUUGUUUUGAAACUCAGAGUUUGCAUUCAUUGAAAAAGAUCACACCUUUGUCCUCUCACAGUUUGAGGGAGAUCUUACAGGAGGAAAAGUGUACUGACAGGAGGAUCACUAUGGCCUGAAGAAUAAUUUCCAUGGGCUUGCCUGCUUUGCAGCUGCAUGAGUUGCAGAACUUGUUUCGUGUUCCCUUUGCAGUAUUUUUCACAAGCAGGACACAAGUGAUGUGAAUUUUAAAUAAUAAAGUGAAUUUUUAGGAAAACAGAGGCAUGAAGUAAAUGUUGUGGUACUGUGUCUUUACAGAGAUGGCGAUCAUCAGGAUUUCAAACACAAAAUGGAAUUGUUUGAACUGUUUUUGGAGAGGAAAAAACAUUUUGCAAUCAUCCAUGAUUUCUUAAAUGAGAGGGCAAGGCAUCUCAGGGAAAGAACAAGCCUGUAUUCUGACAUCACUAACCUAUGGGUCUAUGAACACAGCACUGUACUUGGAAAAUGUUGCCCAGAGCUAUGUAAGGACACAAAGCAAGUCCAGUUGUAUGAUCUCGAGAUUGCUGCAUUGCACUAAUCCUUAACUACUGCCAAGUGAGACUCUGCAUUCAAGGUUCUCAAUGCUGUAGGCGAGUUAGAUGUUUCCCUGCCACCUAGUGUUGCAACUAAGGAUUAGAAGACUGCUUCAUUAAACAGAGUUCAGCUUAUGCACAUUACAGAUUGCUGCCAAUAGUGGCUUGUUUUUUUGGGGGGGAAAAGUGUAACUGAAGGUAUGCAGCGGUGGGCAGUUUUCUUUUGUUUUUCUUCCAGCAUCUGACAUUUUGUGGCUGGUGUUCUAAAUGAUAAACAAUUGUAGCAAUGUAUUUUGUUUUCAGUAAUCUUUAGGUAUUUUUCCUCAAUGCUGCCAUCUAGUUUUCUCAAACCCAUUUAUACUAUUGCUCCUGUGGCAAUGAGUUUCACAGUAGAAUAGUGUGGGAAAAGAUUUCCCUUCGGUUUUAGGCUCAUUGCCUACCUACCCUGAGUUUUUUAUUGUGAGGAAAUAAUGAAUAAUCAUUGCCAAUUUAGCUCUUCUUACCAAUCAUGGUUUUGCAUAAUAUUUUUUUCUCAUCACUUAGGAAAAUCAAGC